GAUUCAUGUCCCUGAGUUUUCCUCCACUUUUGACUCAAGAUCAUCUCUUUCCAGGUGCUAGAGAUAUGUGGAGGGCCUACAGGGACAUGCGUGAAGCCAAUUAUAAAAAUUCAGACAAAUACUUCCAUGCUCGUGGAAAUUAUGAUGCUGCCCAGAGGGGACCUGGUGGAGUCUGGGCAUCUAAAGUGAUCAGUGAUGGCCAAGAAUUCUUCCAGGGUGGCAGCAGUGGCAAAGGAGUGGAGGAUAUUAGGGCAGACCAAUUUGCAAAUAAAUGGGGCAGGAGUGGCAAAGACCCCAAUUAUUUCAGGCCCCCAGGUUUGCCCGGCAAAUAUUGAGCUGACUUGUUCCUCUUCUUUCCCUUUCUCCACCCUCACCCUCUGUGUUGCCUGGA